AUGGACCAAAAAUGGUCACAAAAUGGACCACUGGUUGUGUAUGUAACAGCCACGUUCCCCUACAUCAUGCUGAUGAUCCUCCUGAUCCGGGGGGUGACGUUACCUGGUGCUUCCGAGGGCAUCAAGUUCUACCUUUACCCUGACAUCUCCCGGCUCUCUGACCCACAGGUGUGGGUGGAUGCUGGCACACAGAUCUUUUUCUCCUACGCCAUCUGCUUGGGGUGCCUGACAGCCCUGGGGAGUUACAACAACUACAACAACAACUGCUACAGAGACUGCAUCAUGCUCUGCUGCUUGAACAGUGGCACAAGCUUUGUUGCUGGUUUUGCUAUCUUUUCAGUUCUUGGAUUUAUGGCUUAUGAACAAGGCGUGCCCAUUGCAGAAGUUGCAGAAUCGGGACCAGGACUUGCAUUCAUUGCUUACCCUAAAGCUGUCACCAUGAUGCCUCUGUCUCCUCUGUGGGCAGCUCUGUUCUUCAUGAUGCUCAUCUUCCUGGGCUUGGACAGUCAGUUUGUGUGUGUGGAGAGCAUCGUGACAGCUGUGGUGGACAUGUACCCCAAGGUGUUCCGCAGGGGCUACAGGAGGGAGCUGCUCAUCCUCGGCCUCUCCGUCGUGUCCUACUUCCUCGGCCUCAUCAUGUUAACUGAGGGUGGGAUGUAUGUCUUUCAGCUCUUUGACUCCUAUGCAGCCAGUGGGAUGUGCCUGCUCUUUGUUGCCAUAUUUGAGUGUGUCUGCAUAGGCUGGGUGUACGGCAGCAAUCGCUUUUAUGAGAACAUUGAAGACAUGAUCGGGUACAAACCUGUGUCGUUGAUUAAAUGGUGCUGGAUGGUCCUAACUCCAGGUAUUUGUGCAGGAAUCUUCAUCUUUUUCCUGGUGAAAUACAAACCCCUGAAAUACAACAACGUGUACAUCUACCCUGACUGGGGCUACGGCAUCGGGUGGAUGAUGGCGCUCUCCUCCAUGGUCUGCAUCCCGCUCUGGAUCUGCAUCAAGCUCUGGAAGACAGAAGGCACCUUCAUGGAGAAAUUCAGGAAGUUGAUUACACCUAGCUCAGACCUGAAAAUGCGGGGCAAGCUCGGAGGAGGAGCCUACAUUGCAGCAAUAAAUGACUGCGAUGCCAAACUGAAAGGAGAUGGCACCAUUUCCACCAUCACAGAAAAGGAAACACAUUUCUGAAAGAACUUUUUUUUUGUUGUUUUAUUUUUUUUUGUAUAAAGAAAUAAAUAAAUUCACUUAAUUAUAGAAGCUGGCUUGUUUUGCACAGAAUUUUAUUAACCAGUUAAUUUUAAAGUGAAAAUUGUAUACUUGUUUAAAAAGUGAUUUUUUUAAAUUACUCUAUCCAUAAUGAUUCUGUAAAAGAAAAAGAAAUAGUAUUAUAUUGUCUGUUAGUGAUGACUUCUUGUAAUAUGGUGAUUCCAGUCAAUGUUUGGUUUUUUUUUUAGACUUUAGAGGGACCUGUAUAAUGUGCUGUAAAACUUUUCUACUUUGAUUUGUGGCAGGUGUAAUGUUGUAUAGACCUUCUAACCUGUAAGCAUUUCAGACCAUUUCAGCUGUCCAUGUGUGUAUAUAAAAGGCACCAGCCUGUCCUGUGGUUUGCUUGGGAAGAAUUCUCCUUUCAGGGUGAGUUUGGUGAUGCUGACAGCGCCUCAGCUGCUCCCACCUCCUUCUCUCCACCCUCCACUGGCUUCAUCAGGGUUGGAAAUGUGGAAUGAGCCCAUCCUGAGCCACUGUUUUCCUGGAGAUUGGACAGAGGCUGGUUCUGAAGGGCUCUGAAUUAUGCUGCUGUAAGUUCCUGGUCUCUGACAGGAUGUGCUCCUCAGGAGACCUCCCAAAGCUGUGCAUCUUCCUCCCUGGGCGGCUGCUCCUGAAUUUUGGCUGGCACUUCCCACCCCCAGGAGUGACCCCUGUUUGUCUGUGCUCCUCCAACAGGAGACCAAGGUUAUUUCACAGAGCUGGAGAUGUUCUGAGGGGAAAAGUUUAGGGCUUUCUGUGUCUGUACAACAACUCAUUCCCCUCUAAAGGAAUCCAGGAUCCUACAAUGCCGAUGUGUAGCACUACACAGCUCCUCUGCUGGCACAGGGUGGGGUUUUGGGCUGUCCUGUGCAGGGCCAGGAGUUGGACUGGAUGAUCCUUCCAACUCAGGGUGUUCUGAUUCCUCUUCAAGGUCCUUUCCAGGUCCCCUAAGAUCAGGCACUGAUUCCUGUGCCCUGGAUGGGAUCGAGGCUUGGACUGAAGCCAGAGGAGGAAUUUCUUUAGCAGAAGGUUGGGGUAAUGUCCUUUCUCUCUGCAGGAGUCCCAGGAGGUCAUUUCUGUGUGGUGCAGGGCCAGGGAUUCACACAGGCCUGCUGUGACCCUCGGUGUCACAGAGGCAGCAGCGCUGGUUCUGUCCUGUCAGGCCUUGUUCUGGGCUGACUGCCAGGCUUUAAAGCUGAUUUUGUACAUGGAUCCAGCUGCUGGAUGCUUGUUCCAGGAGGUGUGCAGAUGCCCCAGUAGCAAAACCCCUAAACUGUGUCCUUAGGAUGUGGGUUUUUUUUACCUAAUAAUAUUCCAAACACUAUUAUUUGUCCUGGACAUUUUUUUUUCUUGGCUUGUUUUUGUUAUUUGAUGGUUGUGUGAGGAACCUGUGGAAGAACAUCAUCCUGCACAGCACAGGAUUUUUGGGGAGAGACAAGAGACAGCCCAGAAGAAAUGUCAUAACACCUGCUGCCUUCUCUGCAACUCCAACCCACCGGAGCUCAGACACAGCACCUGGAGUUGUCAGCAACAGAAACGGCUCCUGACCUUCUCCCAAGAAAAUAUUUCCCUAGAAAUCACUAAUUAUACUUUAAUAUUGGCUAGAACUGUACCUGCAGUCAGCACUUCUCUAAGCUCUUGCUGUUACUUCUUAAAAAAAGCAUUUUUAUGGAACUGCUUUGUCUCGAGUCACUUCAUUAAAUCUAAUAGAGCCAUUUCAUUUUUACAUUA